AUGAACCCCUUCGCGGCCUUAUCCGCAUUCGCGAACCGCUUCAACCGCACCAUUCACAUCACGCAAGCCAUCCUCGUGCUCGGAGCCUUUAUUACUGGAUGUGCGCUGCUCGCCGACUCGUCGAUGCCACGCGGGCGCUCCACCACGCUGGUGCUCGUCUACUCGAUCAAAUCCGCCCUGUUCUUAUUGUACCAGUAUCUCACCACACAUGUGGAUCGGUUCCGCCGGUUCGGUAGCCCGCGGCUGAACUUCUUUUUUGAUGCGCUCGAUUGCCUGCUUUGGUUUACGGCUUUCAUCAUCUCGUGUAUGGGCGGCAAGCGCUGCGUGGGCAGUAGCUGUACGACAGUUGGGAUCGCAGCCACGUUUGCGCUGUUGUUAAGUGUGUCAUAUUUCAUUACGUCCGUUGGCAUCAGUUGGCCUAAGUGGAGAGAGAGUAAGAAACUCCAGCAUGUGGAGCAGGUUUGA